CUAUGUCCAUGGGUAAACGUCAAACCCAAUCGAUAACAGUUCGUGUUAUUGCACCAAAUUACAUAAAAAUCAUAAAAUUAGCAACAGAAUUUCUAUAUUUCAUGAAAUCUCUGUUAUUUAAAAUUAUAAAAAAACUAAAUAAAAAAUGAUCACGUGACUGACGCGGCCAAUUUUUAUUAUUUUUUUCGCCUCUCAUCUGCUCUCAUCCUCGUGUGUCUCAGCUCUUCAUCUUCAUGCGACAGAUGUGUUCAAUCGAAGUGCGUUUGGAUUGGGAAUUUAAAAAUGGCAGUGUUUUGUAAACUAUUUAAAUUUACAAGCAAAUGUGAAUACGUGAAGAAAACGGUGAUUUCUAGCGCGAACUCGGGUUUACGAAAUUUUUGCACAGUUGUGGAACAACCAAGAUCAGAAGGUUCAAAAGGGAUCUUAAAAUUUAGCUUGAUAGGUGUCGGUUUGGGAACGCUUGUAGGUGUGGGUUAUUCUAUCAAGCAAAUCAACAAAGCCAGAGAGAAUUUGACUUUGGAAGGCACGCAAGUUGAGAGAAAAGUAUUACCAGAGAAACCUUUGAUUCCCGCUUCGAGGAACGUCAUCUCGCCAGUCGAUUCAACAAAUCUAAAACUGACGCUUUAUCAAUACCAGUCGUGUCCUUUUUGUUGUAAGGUCCGUGCCCUUUUAGACUACUACGGCAUAUCCUACGAUAUAGUUGAAGUAAAUCCAGUGUUUCGCACCGAAGCGAAAUGGUCGCCUUACAAAAAAGUACCGAUCUUACUAGCAAAAGUAGACGGUGGAUACCAACCUCUCAACGACAGUUCUAUGAUAGUUUCGCUUUUGGCUUCUUAUUUACACGAUAAGUCAAAUAAGAUCGAUGAACUUGUUAAAUUCUAUCCCAGCAUCGCUCUACACGAUGAUAAGGGUAAAUUUCAACACGAAAUCGUCAACAAAUACUUUUUGAUGUACCAAAAUACGAUACCCAAAGAAAAAUCUAUGAAUGAUAUUGUAGAAGAGCGAAAAUGGAGAAAGUGGGCUGACGAAGUACUCGUUCAUACUCUUUCACCUAAUGCCUACAGAACACUGGACGAAUCUUACAGAUCCUUCGAAAACUUCUCAAAAGUUGGACACUGGGAAGAAUAUUUCCCCUUCUGGCAACGGUGGAUGAUGAUCAACGUAGGUGCCAUAGCGAUGUGGUGGUUAGGGGAUAAUUUGAAGAAAAAGUACAAUCUUAAAGGUGAUGUUCGGCAAUCGCUCUACGACGAGGUAAACGUUUGGCUGCGAGGGAUUAAAGCGCGAGGUGGUCCCUUCAUGGGAGGUCAAAAUCCUGAUCUCUCUGAUCUAGCCGUCUAUGGAAUUCUUAACAGUAUCGAAGGUUUAGAAGCCUUUAAUGACACAAUGGAACAUACGAAACUAGCUACCUGGUACAGCGCUAUGAAAGAAAAAGUUGAGUCUCAUGCGGGGAAUGCAUUUAUAAAUACAUAAAUUGUUAAUAAUAACGUUAUUAAAGCUUUAAAUUUACUUAA